AUGGCAAGAAAAAGAAAGCAAGUCAUCAACGAAGGGGAAGUAGCUGAGCAUGUUGCUGGUUACGUCUCGUGGGACGAGAACCUCAAUGCUUUGCUCAUACAAUGCACGAUGGAGUUAGCUCAGAGGCAUCAGGCGGAGAACGAAUCUUUAAAUAAUCGGAAUUUUUCUGAGCUUCAGUACAUGGUGGAGGAGUGGGCUCCUAGUUGCGGUGUCAGAGUUGAACCACACAUUCGUAGUAGGCACAAGUUUCUCAAGAAGGACUUCCAUGUUGUGCACUUGCUGCGUAAUCAAAGCGGAUGUGGUAGGGAUGAUGUAACAAAGACAGCUACACUGGAUGAUGAUGUCUUUGAGAAUAUUGUGAAGGUUUUCCCAAACUGA